UAUAAAAGAACGUGUGGAUCAGUUUGCUAAGUACAUCCAAGAUUUGAAGAACUGAAAUAAAUCAGCAUUAAACCUGCUUUUUAAAAACAUCUAGGUUGGAAUUUGCCCCUGACAAAUAAGAAAAUGAUGAGUGAUGCAAGCGAUAUGUUGGCUGCGGCAUUGGAGCAGAUGGAUGGUAUCAUAGCAGGUUCUAAGGCCCUGGAAUAUUCCAAUGGGAUUUUUGAUUGCCAGUCUCCCACCUCUCCAUUCAUGGGAAGUUUGCGAGCUCUGCACCUUGUGGAAGACCUGCGUGGAUUGUUAGAGAUGAUGGAAACAGAUGAGAAAGAAGGUUUGAGAUGCCAGAUCCCAGAUUCAACAGCAGAAACGCUUAUUGAAUGGCUUCAGAGUCAAAUGACAAAUGGACACCUACCUGGGAACGGAGAUGUGUAUCAAGAAAGGUUGGCACGUUUAGAAAAUGAUAAAGAAUCCCUCGUUCUUCAGGUAAGUGUGUUAACAGACCAGGUGGAGGCUCAGGGGGAGAAGAUUCGAGAUUUGGAGUUUUGUCUUGAAGAGCACAGAGAGAAGUUGAAUGCCACAGAAGAAAUGCUACAGCAGGAGCUUCUAAGUAGGACAUCCUUAGAAACUCAGAAGUUGGAUCUGAUGGCUGAAAUAUCUAACCUGAAGUUGAAACUGACGGCUGUAGAGAAGGACAGAUUGGAUUAUGAAGAUAAGUUCAGAGACACAGAGGGACUGAUUCAGGAGAUCAAUGAUUUGAGGUUAAAAGUCAGUGAAAUGGACAGUGAGAGACUUCAGUAUGAAAAAAAGCUUAAAUCAACCAAAGAUGAACUGGCAUCUUUAAAAGAACAACUAGAAGAAAAGGAAUCUGAAGUAAAAAGGCUACAAGAAAAAUUGGUUUGCAAGAUGAAAGGAGAAGGGGUUGAAAUUGUUGAUAGAGAUGAAAAUUUUAAAAAGAAGCUCAAAGAAAAAAACAUCGAAGUACAAAAAAUGAAGAAAGCUGUGGAGUCUUUGAUGGCAGCAAAUGAAGAAAAGGAUCGAAAAAUAGAAGAUCUUCGACAGUGCCUGAACAGGUACAAGAAAAUGCAAGAUACUGUGGUACUGGCCCAAGGUAAAAAAGGCAAAGAUGGAGAAUAUGAAGAUCUGCUCAAUUCCGGUUCCAUCUCCACUUUGCUGGAUGCACAGGGUUUCAGUGAUCUAGAGAAAAGUCCAUCACCCACUCCAGUAAUGGGAUCUCCCAGUCGUGACCCAUUUAACACAAGUGUUCCUGAAGAGUUCCAUACCACCAUCUUGCAAGUUUCCAUCCCUUCAUUAUUGCCAGCAACUAUAAGCAUGGAAACUUCUGAAAAAUCAAAGUUGACUCCUAAGCCAGAGACUUCAUUUGAAGAAAAUGAUGGAAAGAUAAUCCUUGGUGCCACUGUUGAUACCCAACUGUGUGAUAAUCUUUCAACUUCAAGUCUGCAAAAGUCCAGCAGCCUGGGCAAUCUGAAGAAGGAGACAUCUGACGGGGAAAAGGAAUCUAUUCAGAAGACAUCAGAGGACAGAGCUCCGGCAGAAAGCAGGCCAUUUGGGACCCUUCCUCCCAGACCCCCAGGGCAGGACACCUCCAUGGACGACAACCCCUUCGGCACUCGAAAAGUCAGAUCUUCCUUUGGCCGGGGCUUUUUUAAAAUCAAAAGUAACAAGAGAACAGCAAGUGCACCAAACUUGGAUCGUAAACGAAGUGCCAGUGCACCCACCUUAGCUGAAACAGAAAAAGAGACAGCAGAGCACCUAGAUCUGGCUGGUGCUUCUUCUCGGCCAAAAGAUUCACAGAGGAGCAGUCCCUUCCAGAUACCACCUCCAUCUCCAGAUUCCAAAAAGAAAUCCAGAGGUAUCAUGAAACUCUUUGGAAAACUUAGGAGAAGUCAAUCAACUACAUUCAACCCAGACGACAUGUCUGAGCCUGAAUUCAAAAGAGGAGGGACAAGGGCAACCGCGGGACCCCGACUGGGUUGGUCUCGAGACUUGGGACAGUCUAACAAUGACUUGGAUAUGCCAUUUGCCAAGUGGACCAAGGAGCAGGUUUGCAAUUGGCUGAUGGAACAGGGCUUGGGCUCCUACCUGAAUUCUGGCAAGCACUGGAUUGCAUCUGGCCAAACGCUUUUGCAGGCUUCUCAACAAGAUCUAGAGAAGGAACUUGGAAUCAAGCAUUCACUUCAUCGAAAGAAACUCCAGCUGGCACUCCAAGCCCUGGGAUCUGAAGAAGAAACCAAUCACGGGAAGCUGGAUUUCAACUGGGUCACUAGAUGGUUGGAUGACAUUGGCCUCCCUCAAUAUAAGACCCAGUUUGAUGAAGGACGGGUUGAUGGUCGAAUGCUACAUUACAUGACUGUUGAUGAUUUACUGUCUUUGAAGGUUGUGAGUGUGCUACACCACCUCAGUAUCAAAAGGGCCAUCCAGGUCCUGAGGAUCAAUAACUUUGAACCAAACUGUCUACGGAGGCGGCCAUCUGAUGAGAAUACCAUCGCCCCCUCAGAAGUUCAGAAGUGGACUAACCAUCGAGUGAUGGAGUGGCUGCGCUCCGUGGACUUGGCAGAAUAUGCCCCCAAUCUCAGAGGCAGCGGUGUCCAUGGUGGGCUCAUGGUUCUAGAGCCUCGUUUUAAUGUAGAAACAAUGGCUCAGUUAUUGAACAUCCCACCCAAUAAGACUUUGCUGCGAAGACAUUUGGCCACUCAUUUCAACCUUCUGAUUGGGGCUGAGGCACAGCACCAGAAGCGAGAUGCCAUGGAGCUGCCGGAUUAUGUACUUCUAACAGCUACUGCCAAAGUGAAGCCAAAGAAGCUUGCCUUUAGCAAUUUUGGGAAUUUGAGAAAGAAGAAACAGGAAGAUGGUGAAGAAUAUGUUUGUCCAAUGGAAUUGGGACAGGUAUCAGGAAGUGCAUCUAAGAAAGGAUUUAAACCUGGUUUGGAUAUGCGCCUGUAUGAGGAAGAUGAUUUGGACCGAUUAGAGCAGAUGGAAGAUUCAGAAGGGACAGUGAGACAGAUAGGUGCAUUCUCCGAAGGCAUCAACAAUCUGACACACAUGUUAAAAGAAGAUGACAUGUUUAAAGAUUUUGCUGCCCGUUCCCCCAGUGCCAGCAUUACAGAUGAAGACUCAAACGUUUGACCGUAGCACCUGGAGGAACAUUAGGAAUGCUUAGUCUUUUUUCUACUUUCUUUUCCAAACACUCACAGUAUAUACAACAGGCAGCGGAUUGUCUAUUGUUUGUUGUUCCAACUUCUGCUGUUGAGAAGUUUAAACAGGAAGCAGGAGUAAUGUGCCGAUUCCGAAGUGGCCACAAAAAAAUAAGACACUGGUGGAUGAGAGUAUAAUUGUUUUUCUUCUAUUUAAUGUAAAAAUCUGUGAUAUAUUAUAUUUAAAGUGUUGCAUUUAAGAUGAGUAUUUUACCAGAGUGUUUCCGUUCACAUCCGUAGUAUGGAGGAUUUGGGGAACAGUAACCAGGAUGUGAAUGAUUUUGUCACAUCAGUGUUCACUGGAGCCACCUAAGUAGGACAUUAUAUGAUUUCAGAAUCAAUAUGUGGAACUUCUUUAAGCAUUCAGUGUGCCCACUAAAUGCCAGCCACACUUCCAUUUGCCUCUUACUGUCUUAUUUUUAUAUAUUUUUCUAAAUAUAUGUAUAUAUACAGUACAUAGAAAAUAGAACAUUUAUUUUGUGACCUAAGGACGAUGGUGAAAAGAUCACGUUUUCUAAACAAUCUGGUGAUCAGAACGUUCAUAUACCAGCUGGUUUCUGAAGAAGUCAGAAUGAUCUUUCUCCAUACUGACUUUUAACAAUGUUGAUCAUUGAGGCUAAAUUAAUAUAUAUGAAAUAUUCCUUUUUGAUGACACCACAAAGUUGUUGAACAGUUUAAAAAUUUCAACCUUAAUCUUGGAUCCCUUUACCUCAUAUGGAAGAACUUGAGGGACAUUAGUAUACUUUUUUUUUUUUAAGAUGGAGUCUCGCUCUGUCACCUAGGUUAGAGUGCUGUGGCAUGAUCUCGGCUCACU